ACCUCGGCGGCGGCUGCUCCCCUCGUCCCUGUGGGCCUCGCGGCGCCUCGCUGAGAAAACAUGAGUCGCGAUUUCAAGCCCGGAGACCUGAUCUUYGCCAAGAUGAAGGGCUAUCCGCACUGGCCGGCGCGGGUGGAUGAAGUUCCUGAUGGAGCAGUAAAACCUCCUACAAAUAAAAUGCCCAUUUUCUUUUUUGGCACCCAUGAGACGGCUUUUUUGGGACCAAAGGAUAUAUUCCCCUAUUCUGAAAAUAAAGAUAAAUAUGGCAAACCAAAUAAAAGAAAAGGCUUUAAUGAAGGGUUAUGGGAAAUUGACAACAAUCCCAAAGUGAAGUUCUCUCAUCAGCAGUCCCAUUCAGCUGUUAACAGUCCUCUUAAAGAAACGGUUCAGGAAAGCAGUCCAGAACCUGCUGAGGGGAUUGAAGAAAAAGCAGGAGCUAAAAGGAGAAAGCCUGCUGUCCCAAAGUUAUCUCCUAAAGAGGAUAAUAGCUCAGCUGCAGAAGUUGAAACAGAAGAAAAAGAUAUGGAUUCUACAAAGGAAGAUGAUAUACCAUGUGAAAAACCAAAUAAUGAAGAUGUGGUGAAAACAAAUGAUACAUCUAUUCCUAAAGUUGCUAGAAGAGGAAGAAAAAGAAAGGCGGAGAAACAAGCUGAAGCUGAAGAAACAGUAGUGCCAACAGCAGCAGCAGUGGCAGCAGCAGCAGCUGCUGUAGCAGUGGCUCCAAAAGUAAGCCCCAAAAGAGGAAGGCCAGCAGCUUCUGAAGUAAAGAUUCCAAAACCAAGAGGGAGACCCAAAUUGGUGAAACCACCUUGUCCUUCAGAGAGUGACAUUGUUAAUGAAGAAGAGAAAGUGAAGAAAAAAGGACCAGAAGAAAAAUCCAAGAAGCAAGGGAAAAAAGAUGAGGAGAAUCAGAAGGAAGAAGAAAAAACAAAGAAGGAAUUUGACAAAAAAGAAGGAAAGAAGGAAGCUGAAGCAAAGAGGAAAAAUGCUGGGAAAGUUGGCUCUGUCUCAGCAUCUGAUUCAGAAGAAGAGGGAGAUGAACAAGAAGGUGACAAGAAGAAGAAAGGAGGAAGAAGCUUUCAGGCAUCUCACAGAAGAAAUAUUAUGAGAGGCCAGCAUGAGAGAGAAGCAACAGAAAGAAAACGUAAGCAGGAGGAACAGAUGGAAUCUGAGCUGCAGAGUAAAGAAGAAGGCAAGAGACCAGAAGUUAGGAAGACGGAGAAGAAGAGAGAAACAUCGAUGGAUUCCAGGCUUCAAAGGAUACAUGCAGAAAUUAAAAAUUCACUGAAAAUUGAUAAUCUUGAUGUGAACAGAUGUAUUGAGGCUCUUGACGAACUUGCAUCCCUUCAAGUCACAAUGCAGCAAGCUCAGAAGCAUACAGAGAUGAUUUUGACCCUAAAGAAGAUACGGAAAUUCAAAGUUAGCCAGGUUAUCAUGGAGAAAUCUACAAUGCUGUACAACAAGUUCAAGACCAUGUUUCUAGUUGGUGAAGGAGAUUCUGUUCUCUCCCAAGUACUGAAUAAGUCACUUGCUGAGCAGAAGCAGCAUGAGGAAGCCAACAAAACCAAAGAGCAGUGGAAGAAAGGAACAAACAAAAAAAUGGAAAAGGACCAAACAGGUUCCAAGGUACUGAACGGAGGGUCUGAAACUCAAGACACCGGUCAAGCCCAGCACAACGGAGAGAACACUGAGGAAAAGAAAGAUAAGCACGAAGUUGGCAAUAAGAAAAAGGCUUCUGGAGAAGAGAGGGAGCUUGAGAAACCGUCAAAGGAGUCUGCCUUUGAAAGCAAAUGACACAACUGGAGAGGUUCUUUUUUAAUAAGAUAAAAGAAGAUUGCUAAGUUUUGCAUUUGAAAUCUAUAGACUGCUGAAAGUUUUAAAUAAUUUUAUAAGCAUAGUAUUUUAAUGUUAAAUUUUGUGGAAUAAAAGCCCCUUUAAUCUUGGUUUUAAAAGUACUUAAACACUUUGGCCAUUAGUUUCAUCCAGUAUUAACAGGUAACACAUUUCAUGACAUGAAGACAAGAUUCCAUUUAGAAAACAAAUGCUUAUAUGUUGCGUUGACUUAGAGUUGUAGUAUAUUUUUAUCUGACUGCUGUAUGUUUGUCUAGUUAAUAGCAGGAAAAAGUGUUAAAUACUUUUAACUGCCUAAUUGCUUCAUUUGUAUAAAACCUCCUCUCAUUCUAUAAUACUGAGCUGUUUGUGCAUAGUUUUUCAACACUUGUCAGGAUGUCUUUUCACUGUGUUUUGUAGGAGUUGAAAGCAGCAUUUUUAUAGUUAAUAUGUUAAUGUAUGAGUAUACUUGAUUACUUUUUUAAAGAAGUUUAGUCCUGUUCUUGCAAAACUUAUUGUGCCAAUUUACUGCUAUGUGACUUUUCAUGGCUUGCUUUUCGUAUAGUAAAUAUACUAGGAAGAACUCUGGUGUUUUCACUGAACCUGUUGAUACACAUUGGUUGGAAAACACUGUCUUGAACAGUUUCAAAAUUAAGAAUUUAAACUGAUGUAAGGAAAAUUGGCUUUUAAUAAGUUGCAUAAGUGAACACAUUUGUAUGGACAAUAAAUGUCUGGUUUUAAGUUUCAGCCUUGAAAGGAAAGCUUGGCCAUGGCAUUAACUUGGGGAUUUUUAACUAAAUAACUUUGGGGAUUAGUGACUUGGGGAUCUUGACAGAAAAAGUGAUGAGAGCUUUAAGAGAAGUUUCUCAAAGGCAUGAAAGGCAUGAGAUGAUAGGCACGAGCUGAACCGAACCGUUUCUCAUGCCACAUGCCUUGCCUGAGCAUCACACCUAGCAGAAAGCUGCAUGUGACUAGCAAGUAGCGUUUGACAGUAGCUAGCCAGGGUAGAAGUAGUUGCCUUGUUGGGUGUCACCCCGAGGGCGGCAGCACAAAAGCAGCCGGCUCUGACUGCAGAGGGUGAUGGUGCCUGCGCGGGGCUGCCCCAAGGGCAGGCUGCUGCAGAGCGUGUGCAGCCCCUCGGCCCGGCGCGGGCAGGAAGGGCGAGGACUCUGCUUACCCUGCAGCGGCGCGGGCAGACCAACGUGGGUGGCGUCCAAAGCCUCUUACUCCAUUCCCGACGUUUCCCGACGUUUCUGUGGGACAGAUGGGUGCAGGCGGCAGUGGCCUCAGCURAGAUGGGUCCUGAGCUGCUCCCGAGCAGCAGCCACCCCCUCCCAGGGGGAGGCAGCAGUUCUGGUGCUGCCGCUCUCACGGAGCAGCCAGGGGAACUGCAGUUCCUUCGGAGCUGCUCUCAGCCUUCCCUCUUGUCCAGAAGCUGAAGGUGGCAUUUAUAGUGAGAAGGGGAUUUUGUAGCUCGUUUGGGAGUUUGUUUGUUUCUUGKUUUUUUUUAACUGAACUCCAUCUGUACAUAUUCUGAAAUAACUUCUGCUCSUCAUUAAGAAGGGAGGAAAAGACACUGUCCUAGCACUGUCCAUGUGCUUCCUAGCACUGUCCAAGAGCAGGCUAGAAAAGCAAACCACAUGCCCGUUUCAUUUCAGAGUUAGAGCCCGGCUUCUCCUCCUCUCCACCAAUGCACUCAAAGCAACCAGAGCUGCACAGGGAAGGAGGAGAGCGCCCAAGAGGUCUGAUACUGAUGUUUAAGGUACAGCAGCUCUGACUCUACCUAAAAAUGCUGUUCUUGGACAAGGACUGGUUC